GAGAAAAUUUCCAUGUAUCAAAACCACGUAGUAACACGUUCAAUGAAAGCGACACAGUCACGCAUAAAAUAUUUCCUCUCUAAUACGAUACUUUCUCAUCAUCCUCCUUCGUGUAGAAAACUUUAGUCUCACUUGAAGCACUUUACAAAUAAACAAAGUAAGAAACAUGCAUUAUCUCUUUUAGGUAAUCAGUUACUAAAAUGGCCUCAGCAUUGACCAGGGAUGAAGUGGCCAUAUCAACCAGCAGUCGUCGGAGUUGGACGUCGACGAGUUUCAGGGACGUAUGGACGGCGACAACAACAGCUCUUCCAGACGUGUUCGAGCGGAGUGACCGACAUACACUGGAAGAUGACGAAUAUCACCUCACUUGGGCAGCCAUUGAACGGUUGCCUACUUUUGAGCGCAUGAGAAAAGGUGUAAUGAAACAUGUUGCUGAAAAUGGAAAAGUUAUGCAUGAUGAAGUUGAUGUUGCUAAACUUAGUUUACAUGACAAAAAAAUCUUGUUGGAUAGUAUCCUCAAGAUUGUUGAAGAAGAUAAUGAUAAAUUCCUCUACAAACUUAGAGAUAGACAAGACAGAGUGGGGAUUGAAAUUCCGAAAAUUGAAGUUCGUUAUGAGAAUUUAUCUGUGGAAGGUGAUGUGUAUGUUGGAAGUAGAGCGCUUCCUACUCUUCUCAAUGUCACAAUCAAUACAUUGGAGAGUAUUUUUGGAUUGUUUCGUCUUGCACCUUCCAAGAAAAGAGAGAUUCAGAUUCUCAAAAAUGUUAGUGGGAUUGUGAAACCAUCAAGAAUGACACUCCUUUUGGGUCCACCAGGUUCCGGGAAAACAACGUUGCUUCUCGCACUUGCAGGAAAACUUGAUCCUCAUUUAAGAGCUUCUGGGAAAAUCACUUAUUGUGGUCAUGAGCUAAAUGAAUUUGUUGCUGCAAAAACUUGUGCUUAUAUUGGUCAGCAUGACAUUCACUAUGGAGAAGUUACGGUGAGAGAGACAUUGGAUUUUUCGUCGCGUUGUUUAGGUGUUGGCAAUAGGUAUGAUAUGUUGAUGGAGCUCUCAAGAAGAGAGAGAGAAGCUGGAAUCAAACCAGACCCUGAGAUUGAUGCUUUCAUGAAGGCUACUGCAUUAUCAGGCCAAAAAACCAGUUUUGUAACUGAUUAUGUUCUCAAGAUGCUUGGAUUGGAUAUUUGUGCUGACAUUAUGGUUGGUGAUGAAAUGAGAAGGGGUAUCUCUGGAGGACAAAAGAAGCGUGUAACAACAGGGGAAAUGCUGGUAGGACCAGCAAAAGCACUUUUUAUGGAUGAAAUAUCAACAGGAUUAGAUAGUUCAACGACUUUCCAAAUAUGCAAGUUCAUGAGACAAAUGGUUCAUAUAAUGGAUGUAACUGUAGUCAUUUCUCUUUUACAACCAGCGCCUGAGACAUUUGAACUGUUUGACGAUAUUAUUCUACUUUCAGAAGGUCAAAUUGUCUACCAAGGACCGCGCGAAAAUGUGUUAGAGUUCUUUGAAUACACAGGUUUUAGGUGCCCAGAUAGAAAAGGUGUCGCUGAUUUCUUACAAGAAGUAACAUCAAAAAAAGAUCAAGAACAAUACUGGUCGAGAAGAGAUGAACCUUAUAGAUAUGUUUCAGUUCCUGAAUUUGUUGAUUCUUUUAGUUCAUUUCAUAUUGGAGAGCAACUUGUGACAGAGCUUAUGGUUCCUUAUAAUAAGAGACAAACUCACCCAGCUGCAUUAGUGAAAGAAAACUAUGGUAUUUCAAAUUGGGAUCUAUUUAUGGCGUGCUUUUCAAAAGAAUGGCUUCUUAUGAAGAGGAAUGCCUUUGUUUAUGUGUUCAAAACAAUACAGAUAACAAUCAUGUCUGUUAUUACUUUUACUGUGUUCUUUAGAACAAAAAUGCCGGUUGGAACGGUUCAAGAUGGACAAAAAUUCUAUGGUGCACUAUUCUUUACACUGAUAAAUGUGAUGUUUAAUGGGUUGGCAGAACUCGCCAUGACAGUUUCGAGGCUUCCUGUUUUCUACAAACAAAGGGAUUUCAAGUUUUACCCUGCAUGGGCAUUUGGAUUACCUAUAUGGAUUCUUAGGAUCCCUAUCUCCUUUCUGGAAUCAUUGAUAUGGAUUGUCCUUACGUAUUUUACAAUUGGGUUUGCUCCUUCUGCUAGCAGAUUUUUUCGACAAUUCUUGGCAUUGUUUGGCAUUCAUCAGAUGGCUCUCUCCUUGUUUCGGUUCGUCGCCUCAAUUGGUAGAUCACUAGUUGUUGCUAAUUCAUUAGGUACAUUGACAGUGUUAGUGGUAUUUGUUCUGGGAGGGUUCAUUGUUGCCAAAGAUGAUAUUAAGCCAUGGAUGAUUUGGGGCUACUAUAUAUCUCCUGUUAUGUAUGGCCAGAAUGCCUUAGCAAUUAAUGAAUUCUUAGACAAAAGAUGGAGUAAACCAAAUACAGACACAAGAAUUGAUGCACCAACAGUUGGAAAAGUACUUCUCAAAUCCAGAGGCCUGUAUACAGAAGAUUAUUGGUAUUGGAUAUGCAUUGGAGCCUUGGUUGGGUUUUCUCUUCUCUUCAACCUUUUCUUCAUUCUCGCAUUAACUUAUUUGAAUCCGUUCGGUGAUUCGAAAGCAGUCACUGCGGAUGAAGAUGACAAGAAGAAUGAAAGUUCACCCUCUAGGCACCAUCCCCUUGAAGAAACAGGUACCAACAUGGCAGUAAGAAAUUCUUCAGAUACUAUGAAUUCAUCAAACCAUGAACCGGAAAGAGGAAUGGUUCUACCAUUUCAACCUCUUUCAAUGGCAUUCAAUCAUAUAAAUUACUAUGUAGACAUGCCAGCAGAAAUGAAGAGUCAAGGAGUCAAUAAGGAUAAACUUCAACUACUACAAGAUGUUAGUGGUGCUUUUAGACCAGGAAUAUUAACAGCACUUGUAGGUGUUAGUGGUGCUGGAAAGACAACCCUCAUGGAUGUAUUGGCUGGAAGAAAAACAGGUGGAUACAUUGAAGGAAAUAUCAGCAUAUCAGGUUACCAAAAGAACCAAACAACAUUCGCUCGAAUAAGCGGUUACUGUGAACAGAACGAUAUUCAUUCUCCACAUGUUACUGUCUAUGAAUCACUACUGUUUUCGGCGUGGCUUCGUCUUCCUUCAGAUGUAAAGACACAAACUCGAAAGAUGUUUGUCGAAGAAGUUAUGGAGUUGGUAGAGCUUAAACCACUUAGAGAUGCUCUUGUGGGCCUUCCAGGUGUGGAUGGUCUGUCAACAGAACAAAGGAAAAGGCUUACUAUUGCUGUGGAACUGGUUUCCAACCCUUCAAUCAUCUUCAUGGAUGAACCAACUUCAGGCCUCGAUGCUAGAGCCGCUGCUAUCGUUAUGCGAACCGUGAGGAACACGGUAGACACGGGGAGAACAGUUGUGUGCACAAUUCAUCAACCAAGCAUAGACAUUUUUGAAGCUUUUGAUGAGCUAUUGUUGAUGAAAAGAGGAGGACAAGUUAUCUAUGCAGGGCCUCUUGGUCGCUACUCACAUAAGCUUGUAGAAUAUUUUGAAGCUAUCUCAGGGGUACAAAAAAUCAAGGAUGGUUAUAAUCCGGCCACAUGGAUGCUUGAGGUCAGCUCUGCUUCAAUUGAGGCUCAAUUAGAUGUAGAUUUUGCAGACAUUUAUAACAAUUCUACCCUUUACCAGAGGAAUCAAGAACUUAUAAAGGAGCUCGGUACUCCUGCACCGGAUUCGAAGGACUUGUAUUUCCCAACCAAAUAUUCACAAUCAUUUUUUGUUCAAUGCAAAGCUAACUUUUGGAAACAAAAUUUGUCCUACUGGAGACAUUCUCAAUAUAAUGCCGUCCGAUUUUUCAUGACCAUACUCAUUGGAAUAUUGUUUGGUCUAAUAUUUUGGAAGCAAGCCAAAAAGACAAAAACACAACAAGAUUUACUGAAUCUUUUGGGAGGCAUGUACUCUGCCGUGCUUUUUCUUGGCGCAACAAAUGCUUCAGCGGUACAACCAGUUGUUUCUAUUGCAAGAACUGUCUUCUAUCGAGAAAGAGCUGCAGGCUUGUAUUCUGCAUCACCCUAUGCAUUUGGUCAGGUGGCAGUUGAGACAAUUUAUAAUGCAAUUCAAACAGCCAUUUUCACACUAAUCUUUUACCCCAUGAUUGGGUUUGAAUGGAAGGUGGCAAACUUCUUAUGGUUUUAUUACUACAUUCUGAUGAGUUUUAUCUACUUCACAUUGUACGGAAUGAUGCUUGUUGCAAUAACAUCAGACCAAAUUGUUGCUUCCAUUUGCAUGGCUUUCUUUAUGAGUUUUUGGAACUUAUUCUCUGGCUUCAUCAUUCCUAGGAUGCAAAUUCCUGUAUGGUGGAGAUGGUACUACUGGGCUUCUCCUGUUGCAUGGACAAUAUAUGGCCUUAUAACAUCACAAUUAGGUGACAACAAUACAGAAAUAGUGAUACCAGGAGCAGGAAGCAUGGAAGUGAAGGAAUUCUUGAAACAAAGUUGGGGUUAUAAUCAUGAUUUCCUUCCACAAGUUGCUGUUGCUCAUAUAGGAUGGGUUGUCCUCUUUGCAUUUGUCUUUGCCUUCGGCAUCAAAUUCUUCAACUUCCAGAAAAGAUAGAAUCAUACCAUAGAUAUCAGCUUAAAAGUUACAUGUUAUGUUUUCUUAUAGGUAUUCACUCAUUAAUUCAAUAAAUAAAGCUUUAGGAAUCUCCUUUUUGA